AUGAGCAGCGAGAUCGAUGCGCUGUACGUCUACGAUGAGAAGAACAAUCCUCUGGUAGAGCAAGUUUAUCGUUCCCGUCCCCCCUCCGCGGCAGCUACCCUGCCCCUCUACCUUGCCCAUCCAGCUCCGCGCCCAUCACUGAUAUAUAUCCCCGGUGCUACACCUCCAGUAACGGUGUACUCCGUUGUUCAGUCGAAUCUGCUCUUUCUAGCACUUUCCGAGGUGGACACGGAGCCCCUCCUGGUGUUGGAGUUCCUGCAUCGUGUCGUUGAUGUACUCGAGGAGUUCGUCGGAGCUCCGUUGAUCUCGUCCAAGCUGCAGGCAAACUAUGAUGUAGUUGCACAGCUUCUCUAUGAAAUGUGCGAUGCAGGCAUCGUAUCUAGCACGGAGCUCAAUGCAUUACAAGAGGCGGUGGAAAUGCCUGGAUGGAUGGGGAAGUUGUUGGGAGGUGUGGGUUUGUCUGGCUCGUCGACACCUAUUCUAGGCCCUUCCAAUACGCUCAAACAGUCACUGUCAGCCAAUGCAGCCGCGCAGGGUCCCGCAAUUCCUUGGAGGAGACCAGGAGUACGGCAUACUUCCAAUGAAUUAUAUGUGGACAUUAUCGAAUCAUUGUCGGUCACUAUGGCGCCCUCCGGCCGUUUACUGUCAGCUUUGGUAUCAGGUACCAUUGCCUUUACGGCCAAGAUGUCUGGCGUCCCUGAUCUCCUUCUGUCCUUGACAACCCCGGGAGGGCAACAAGCGCUUGGGCGUAAGGUUGAACUUCCCGUGUUUCAUCCGUGUGUUCGGCUGGCGAAAUGGAGGGAACGGCCAGGAGAACUCAGCUUCGUACCUCCUGAUGGACGAUUUAUUCUUGCAGGGUACGAGGUAGACCUCCUCCCCAUUGAUGCGAGCCGCGAUGAGCCACCCAGCCACAUGGAGAAGGUUUUCCUGCCUGCGUCAGUGGAUAUCCGCAAAUCUCUAGGUACGACAGGUUCCGAAUUUGAGGUCCGACUCCUACUCAAUACGAACUUUCCGGGGCACCCUUCUGCUGCUCGAUCCGGUGUAGGGCGGAGCGGAUCGGGCACAUCGACACCGUCAUUUCUCGGAGGAAGCGGGAACCCCUCAUCGCCUAUGCUAGAGGAUGUUGUGGUCUCGGUCUCUAUCCCCAAAUCCGUCCGAAACAUCACCGACAUGCAAGCCAGUCGAGGCGAGGCCAUAUUCUCUCCCGGCAACGAUACUCUUGAGUGGCGGGUUCCGACUAAAGACGCAGGAUCUAUCUCCGGCACGGCCACUCUACGCUGUACUGUCGUGGGCCACCAAUCCGCCGACGACGACCUCGAAGGUGACGUCGAAGAGAUCGAUCCCGACACCAAUCUCCUUCAAGGCUACUACGAUGCCUCCACCUCUUACCAAAACGUCGAACCCGAGACCUCGAAACGAAAGACCAAGAAGAAGAAAAAGAAGAAGGUCAAGAAAUCAUCCCGGACACCCAACACGUUCCCUUCGAUUGCUGACGUGGACGACCAACAACAACCUCCUAAUCAAGAACAAGAACAAGAAAAUGAACAAAAUCCAGGUCCAUUGCCAUCGCAAACCCCCACGCCUCAACCUCCCACCACCUCUCCAUCGCCACCUCCACCAAUUCCUCAGGAAGACUCCGCGAUCUUCCACACCGCGCCGCGCAAAACUAAAUCCCAGUUCAAUUCCAACCUCAUGCCCAACUCCGCUUCCGUCUCAUUCUCCGUGCGAGGCUGGCUACCAUCCGGGAUCAAAGUCGACAGUUUGAACAUCGAUCCGCGACGCAGUCGUGGUCUAGGCGAGGGUGUGAAACCCUACAAGGGCGUGAAAUAUUUAUGUGUACUAGGUGUAGACCGUUUACUUCAACGUUCGAUGAAAUGA